UUAGGCUGGAUAUUUGAUAAAGCCUUUUCCCUCUGGCCCUAUUUCGUCUUAGGAGACAAGUGAGGAAAGGCUCCUGGGAUUUUUCUUUUUUUGGUCAUAUGCUCAGAGGCGUUAACGCCCUCCACCUGCACCUUGCCUUGGUGGUGUACCAGAGCAGCCCUGAUCCUGGAUGUAUGCUCCUAGGGUCAUAAUAUCAAGCACCAGAACCCUUCCACAGGCUGUUUGGAAUAGAUAACUAUCCCCUGGGUGUCAAUUUCUCAUCCGAAGGCAGCCCAGAUAUUUGAGCAGUAUGCACAAGGGCCUGCAUAGAUCAGGAGAAACAUACCAGUUGGAGGAAAUCAACAAAUCUCCUUUCUACUAACCACUGUCAGGGGCAGGUCUUCUGGUUUGAAAGGUCACUAACAAUUCCCUUUAAAAAACGAAACUUACCGUGUCACAAACUAUGGUGGAGGUGUCAAACUUUUAACAGUAUUUCCUGAGCAAUUACUGGAUGGGAUGGGAUCAGAUCUGCUGCUACCUUUGAGGGAGACUAGAGAAGGGGCAGAGAAAUACACUUGACUGGAAAGAAAAGGGAUAUGCUAUGCCCCUUAACAUAAUAGGUAGGUGCUCAAAAAAUGUUAGUAGUUGACAAUUUUAAAGUAGAAAAAUGGCAAGUCCGAAUUCUACUUGGAUAAAUUUUGCGUUAGCAACAUCCUCCCAGCCCUUUCCUUUAUCUCCAAAGGGUGGGGCGGGAAUCAAGUUCUUAACCAGUGGGUCUUUCAUAGAUAAGAAAAAAACAAAAACAAAACACACAUAGAAGAACCAGAAAAAUCUUUUAUAAACUUUAAAAGACUGGCCUUUGGAAUUCUUUUCCCUCCCAGCCUGGUAGAAUUCCUCUGAGGUGGUAUAUAAGUAGCUCAGGGCCCUGAGAGAGCUGCUCCCUUGUGUCAGAAAAGAGGUUUUUAGGGCCAAGAGCAGACUGUCUCCAUAAUUAAGAAUAGUAAAACCUGAAGUUCCUUAAAGGAACAGCAUAAGAAGUUCUCAAACUACAAGGUACAUCAGACUCCCCUGGAGGGUUUGUUUAAAUGCAGAAUGCAGGGUCCUUCCCCCCAGAGUUUCUGAUUCUAUAGGUCUCAGGUGGGGCCCAAGAAUCUGCAUUUCUGCCACAUUCCCAGAUGACUGUCAUGCUUCUAGUCCCUGAAUCAUACUUUGAGACCGCCCCCGCCGCGGGUCCCAGCAGCUCGGGCGGCAGGAGGAGCGGCAGCGGCCAGGCAGCCCAGCUUCGCGAAGGCUCUCGGCACGCCGUGGCCCGCCCGCCCCGCCGCCACGAUGCCCAAGAGGAAGGUCAGCUCGGCCGAGGGGGCGGCGAAGGAGGAGCCCAAGAGGAGAUCGGUGAGGUUGUCAGCUAAUCCGGCUCCUGCAAAAGUGGAAACGAAGCCAAAAAAGGCGGCAGGAAAGGCGACAAAAAAAGUGCAAACAAAAGGGAAAAGGGGAGCAAAGGGAAAACAGACUGAAGUGGCCAACCAAGAGACUAAAGAGUUACCUGCAGAAAAUGGAGAAACUAAAAAUGAGGAGAGCCCAGCUUCUGAUGAAGCAGGAGAGAAAGAAGCCAAGUCUGAUUAAUAUCACACACCUGGUCCUAUCAGUGGUCCCUGUUUCCCUUCUUGUACAAUCCAGAGGAAUAUUUUUAUCAACUAUUUUGUAAAUGCAAGUUUUUUAGUAGCUCUAGAAACAUUUUUUAAAAGGAAGGAAUCCCACCUCAUCCCAUUUUUUAAGUGUAAAUGCUUUUUUUUAAGAGGUGAAAUCAUUUGCUGGUUGUUUAUUUUUUGGUACAACCAGAAAAUAGUGGGAUAUUGAAUAUGGGAGGCUUUGAUUGUCUUGGGUGUAGCUUUUAUAUCCUAUAAUACAAAGCAUACUAAAUGGCAGUUUGGAGUCAGCUGUGCAUUUAAUGUCUUAAACACUUUAAAUUACUUCUCUUCCCACGUUGUUUUUGGUAGAAUUGUUUCCUAAAGCAAACCACUCACCCCUUGAUCUUGGCUCUCCUGGGCAGAAUUUUGUGCACUCUGUAACAUCUUUGGUUGUGGUAGUCCAGUUCUUCUAGUAACCGUUAAUGUGCUGUGAACGACUGACAAUUUGAGUAUGUAGUGUAUGUGAUUAUUAAAUUGUGAAUUAGUGGGACUUACGAUGUAACAGCAUAUCAAUAUUUGAAGAUAUUGGUACUUGAUAUCCUGUGAAGGAAAAUUUGCCCCCAAAUUUUAAGCUGGAAAGUCACUGGAAUAACUGUUCAGAAAAGAAUCACAACUACAUGAUUUUUUAGGUUUUUGGUACGUAUGUUGAGAAUU